AUGGCGAACCCGUACCAGCGCUUGCUGACCGAGCUGCCGAACCCUGAUGGCGGCUCCUUUGGCUCGUAUUACAGCCUCCCCGCGCUCAACGACCCUCGCAUCGAUGAGCUGCCAAUCUCCAUUCGGUAUCUUUUGGAGUCCGCCAUUCGCAACUGCGAUAAUUUCCAGGUCAUGGAGAAGGAUAUCGAAAAGAUCCUGGACUGGGCCAACACCUCCCAGCACCAAGUCGAGAUCCCGUUCAAGCCUGCGCGUGUCAUCCUGCAGGAUUUCACUGGCGUUCCCGCUGUUGUGGACCUUGCUGCGAUGAGGGACGCCAUGAAGGAGUCUGGCGGCGAUCCGAAUGCCAUCAACCCUCAGGUUCCCGUGGAUCUGGUGAUCGACCACUCGGUGCAGGUGGACUACGCGGGGGCGUCCAACGCGCUGAGCCUCAACAUGGAGCGCGAGUUCGAGCGCAACAGGGAGAGGUUCGCGUUUCUCAAGUGGGGCUCCAAGGCCUUCAGCAACAUGCUCGUGGUCCCGCCUGGCGCUGGCAUCGUGCACCAGGUGAAUCUGGAGUACCUGGCACGGGUGGUGAUGGACAUCAACGGGCUGCUCUACCCGGACAGCGUUGUUGGCACCGACUCCCACACCACCAUGAUCGACGGGCUCGGCGUCGCAGGCUGGGGCGUGAAUCUGGAAUAUCUCGCACGGGUGGUGAUGGACAUCAACGGGCUGCUCUACCCCGACAGCGUUGUCGGCACCGACUCCCACACCACCAUGAUCGACGGGCUCGGCGUCGCAGGCUGGGGCGUGGGGGGCAUCGAGGCCGAAGCAGCCAUGCUCGGGCAGGCCAUGAGCAUGGUCCUCCCGCAAGUCGUGGGCUUUAAGCUCACGGGAAAACUCCAGCCGGGAGUUACUGCCACGGACCUCGUCCUCACGUGUACGCAGAUGCUGAGGAAGCACGGCGUGGUGGGGAAAUUCGUGGAGUUUUACGGGGAGGGGACGAGGGAGCUGUCUCUGGCGGACCGGGCGACGGUGGCGAAUAUGUCGCCAGAGUACGGGGCGACGAUGGGGUUCUUUCCUGUGGAUUCAGUGACGCUGCAGUAUCUGAGGGUGACCGGGAGGGAUGAGACGAAGCUGAAGCAGAUUGAGACGUACAUGCGCGCGAACAAUCUGUUCAUGGACCAUACCACUGCUGGAGAGGCGGAGGCCAAGCGCAAGUACUCGUCCUACUUGGAGCUAGACCUCGCCACGGUGGAGCCCUGCGUCUCUGGACCCAAGAGGCCGCAUGACCGAGUGACUUUGAAGACCAUGAAGUCCGACUGGCACGCUUGCCUCGACAACCCUGUCGGUUUCAAGGGCUUCGCGAUCCCUAAGGCCCAGCAGGACAAGGCAGUGAAGGUGACUCUCAAGGAAGGGGUGGAAUCCGAGCUGAAGCACGGAUCCGUGGUCAUUGCUGCCAUCACCUCCUGCACCAACACGUCCAACCCGUCGGUGAUGCUGGCGGCAGCGAUCGUGGCGAAGAAGGCGAGUGAGAGGGGGCUCCAGGUGAAGCCGUACGUGAAGACGAGCCUGGCCCCUGGCUCCAACGUCGUCACCAAGUACCUGGAGGCCAGUGGCCUCCUCCCGGCUUUGGAGGGCCAGGGCUUUCACGUGGUGGGCUAUGGCUGCACAACGUGCAUUGGGAACUCGGGGGAGAUUCACGAGGCCGUUGGACAGGCCAUCGCUGACAACGACCUGGUGGCGGCAGCGGUGCUGUCCGGUAACCGUAACUUUGAAGGGCGUGUGCAUCCCCUCACCCGAGCCAACUACCUUGCAUCCCCGCCCCUCGUCGUGGCAUACGCGCUUGCUGGCACGGUGGACAUUGACUUUGAGACGGAGCCCAUCGGCACUGACAAGGAUGGCAAGGAGGUGUUUCUGAGGGACAUCUGGCCCAGCAAGGAGGAGGUGGCCGAGGUGGUUGAAAGGGCGGUUCUCCCUCAGUUCUUCCAGUCAGUCUACAAGGCAGUGAAGGAGGGCGCCACCAACGCCCUCUGGAACAGCCUGCCUGCGGAGAACGAGCCUCUGUACCGCUGGGAACCGUUCUCCACCUACAUCCACGACCCGCCCUACUUCAAGAACUUCCCCCGCGACCCCCCUGGUGGCAAGGACGUAAAGGACGCCUUCUGCCUGCUCAACGUGGGCGACUCCAUCACCACCGAUCAUAUUUCCCCUGCAGGGAGCAUCCACAAGGACAGUCCUGCAGCAAGGUAUCUCACAGAAAGGGGCGUUCCCAGGAAGGAUUUCAACUCAUAUGGCAGCAGGCGGGGCAACGACGAGGUCAUGACUCGCGGCACGUUCGCGAAUAUCCGGCUGGUGAACAAGCUUGCGGGAGGAGAGGUGGGACCCAAGACGGUGCAUUUGCCCUCUGGAGAGAAGAUGAGUGUCUUCGAUGCUGCCAUGAGGUACAAGGCGGAGGGCCAUCCCACCAUUGUGCUGGCAGGGGCGGAGUAUGGAAGCGGCUCUUCCCGUGACUGGGCUGCCAAGGGACCGUAUCUGCAGGGAGUGCGGGCGGUGAUCUCCGUCUCAUUCGAGCGCAUUCACCGCAGCAACCUGGUGGGGAUGGGCAUCAUCCCGUUGUGCUUCAAGCCCGGCCAAAACGCCGAGACGCUGGGGCUCACCGGCAAGGAGCGCUUCUCCUUCUCCCUGCCGCCGGUGGAUCAGAUCCAGCCCGGGCAGGACGUGGUGGUUUCCACGGACAACGGAAAUUCGUUUACCUGCACGCUGCGCUUUGAUACUGAGCUCGAAAAGGCCUACUACAAUCACGGGGGCAUUCUGCACUUUGUGCUGCGUCAACUGCUGGCCAAGUCCACUGCUGCUUGA